AAAUCGCGCAAACGUUUGCGAAUCCUGCACUGGAACCUGCUCCGGACCGAAUGGCAAACUAGGCCACCCGUACCGUCAGUGUGUCUCGAACGGUGUGCCGAGGUAAACGUGUUUGCUGCUAACGGAUCGAACGCUCGUAAGGUUCGAAAGUGCGCGCGCUCUCAGAACGGAAUGGAACGGAGCCACGUAUUGCAAACGUUCCGAAAAGAGCUGUGCUUUUGUCGAAUGGAAUUUUUUACACAUUUAUUCAAAUAAAACACAUCAAACAGCACGUAAUUGGCUGACGUGUGAAAGCGUGUAGCGUGUGAGAAUUAAACAUGAAAUUCACCCAUAAAUGGAGACGCCUGGUGUUUGACGGGCGCAUGGGAAAAAUGGAUCGGCCGAAUAUCCCCAAUGACCUACGUGUGGUGUAUGUAAGCAAAGUGUAUGUGUGGUGAAAGCGAAGCAAAGUGGAGCAACGACAACAAAACAUCCCAGGCCCAGUGCCGAUCGAUGGAUCAAAGUCUCACCAACCAUAGUCUGGCAGGCUUGAGUUGUGUAGAACUUCUAACGCCGGUUCUUCGCUUCGAUGGUUGGUGAAUAUUAAACCGAAACCGAUACACAUUCAGUGCCCACGUUCGAAGUGAAAAUCGUGUUGCAAGUGUUGUGGUUUCGUUUUUGCAAAAAAGUGAAGUUUUGUGGCCACAGGUUUUAGCAGUGCGAAUUAGCACCGAAUGCACCAAGCGAAAGAGCGACACAACAAGUUCGUGUUGCAGGUGUGUUGGUAAUUUGGCACGUGAGUGAGUGUGUGUGCGUGUGUAUGUGUGGUUGAGUGUGAGAAGCAAAUUUCACAGUGCUUUGUAGGCUUCCACUGAACGUGGUGAGGUUCAGGUAAAUCCGGCUAAUGCCUGGAUUGAUGCGUUAUGUGCGAACAAAGUUGUAUCGUUAUGACGUAAUGGCGGGCUGCUACAGGAAAAUUGUUUGUCCCAGCAGGCUCCCAACUGGGAGCGCGUGGUAAACACCGUCAGGGGAAAUUGGCCCGUUCAAGUUUUGGAGCAUAAAAGCCGGAGCAUAACAAUAACCAAGCAACAACAAGAAAGAAAAAAAGCGCACGACGAAGGUGGUGAAGACUACACAGCUUUCAGACAUCUUCGGAGCGUCUGUUUUCUGGGCUGGCAGAAGCCGAUUCACCGUUCAAGCGCAUGGACUCCUGCUCAAGGACAAGUGGAACCCUAGCCCACGGUAAGAAGCCCUAAUCGAAGUGACACCGGUCUAGAAGCGAGGCAGCAACAAAGCAACAUUACCACGGAAUGUUUCUUGCCGUAUCGAAAGGGCAUAAAUUAGAAAUGCAAUAAAUUAUCAAUCCUGACCCUCGGGUUCCCUUACGCCCGACCACCGGACAACCCCCGGAAAACCCUAUCAAGGGAAUCAACUUUCUGGGAGACAUUUUAGUCCCUAACUCCUCAACUCGGGAACAGACCUUCGGGACUGCAAUCUGAAAGCUUCUCCCACCAGAAAAAGGGAAAAGUCAAGGUUUUCCACCGAAGCUUUCCCAGUUGUGCAUGUGUGUGUUUUGAUGUUGAAAAGUGUUUCCUUACUUCCGUGUGUUCGUUUGUGUUGUGUAAGGCGUGCGAGUGGAAAGUAUUUAACGUGAAAGGUGAAGAAGGUUUCAAACAUCUCCCAUCCGCUCUCCAACGCGUUCGUGUGUGACUUCCAGGCCCGCUUUUUGCCCGUAAGCCUCCCUGGGUAUGAUGAGGCUGCAGUUCCCGGGCAACUAAGUGCUGUUGACGACGACGACGACGAGGUGCGUUCUUCUUACGAGUGGAUAGGCGAUAAGCGUGAAGCGUCUUUUUGAUCGAGGAUGAGUGAGCCGAAAAGAAACAGUGCCGGCUGUAUGCAGAACGUACAGCAGUCGGUAGUGGAUAAGAAGCACUAGAAGUUGUUGAAUGAAUAGAGAGUGAUAGCGUAGCGGUGGGGCGAGAGGUGAAGAGGCAUAGGAGCAAAGAAAAAACGCACACACACACACACCGACACGCUCAUACUCGAGUGGAAAUAAAAAGCCGUCUGCUCAGGAAACGACCCUUUUCAUCCAAAGGAUUAACCUUGUGCCCAAGGCGUGCAAAAUCAAAACUUCAAGUGAAGCAUCGGCUAGCAUCGUGAUCGGGAGAGGGACGGAGGAAGGGGGAAGAAGUGUGGGGGAGAGUAGAAUCCUUUCAUCCACUGGACCAACGAAAGGUAAAGCAGCGGACGCUUCCUUGAUGACGCCGUAAGACAUCAUAUACCAAGCGGAGCUAAAACUCACCACAGGUCUCACACACACACACACACAUCCAAGCGCAUGAAUUCGAACGACUGACGGAUACACGGACGCUUUGAACUGGAUCCAUCGUAUCUUCCCGGUCCCAGGGAUCGCUCGUCUACACCAUUGCCGCCAGUGAGGCUUCGGGCAAACAUCAUCGGGCAAAAACCUUGAUGCCAUCAUUAUCAACCACGUUGAUGGUACCACAGAUCGUUCGAUUCGAUAACGACAACGCCCUACCCGGGGCCGUUAUCAAGCGCAGAAGCUACCUUGCAGAGCAGUACCGAAAUCUGACUAUUCCGGCCACCCGGAUCACCUUAUCACGCCCGGGUCAACACACCGGCUACCGUCACCACCACAAUCACCAUCCUUAUCCUCAUUCUCUACAUCAUCUUUCGCUUCAUCCAAUCGUUUCGGGCUGAGCUUGUACCACCUGCCAACAUCCGGGCCCGGUCCACCGCACCGGAACGCUCGCGGCAGCGGACGGUUCGUCCGUUGGACAACCGAUCCCACCGGGAGUGUGCAGAGGCUUGCACCGACGACAGUGACAGUGCCACCCGGUGAACCGUCCAGGAAACGACACAAACACGACGACUGCAACGGCGACGUGGAGGACGUCGGCGACGUUGCGUGUAGUGCGGCGCCAUGCGUCGCCGGAAGCCGAUCGAAGGCUUCAUUCUGUGCGGAGUUUUCUUCUGGACAAUAAUCGCCCAUCUCAUCUCGACAUGUUUGGCAAUCCAGCUCGAGGAGCGGAUGGAGAUCGUGCGCAAAGUGCUGAAGGAAGUGCCUUUAAUCGAUGGUCACAACGAUCUACCGUGGAAUAUACGAAAGUUUCUCAAGAAUCAGCUACGCGAGUUUCGAUUCGGCGAAGACCUGCGCGACAUCACGCCCUGGUCGACGAGUGCCUGGAGUCAUACGGAUCUGCGGCGCCUGAAGGAAGGCAUGGUUUCAGCACAGUUUUGGUCGGCCUAUGCGCCUUGCUCGUCGCAACAUUUGGACGCAGUGCAAUUAACGCUGGAGCAGAUCGAUCUCAUCCGACGGUUAGUAAACCUUUACCCACAGCACAUGGCCCUGGUAACGACUGCCGAUGGCAUCGAAGAGAGUCAUCGAUCGGGGAAGUUGGCGAGUUUGAUCGGGAUCGAGGGUGGCCACUCGAUCGGUACGAGUCUUGGGGUGCUGCGGACCUUCUACCAACUUGGUGCGCGCUAUCUUACGCUCACCCACACCUGCAACACACCGUGGGCGGACUGUUGCAAAGUUGAUGAGCAGGGACGAGUGCCCCACAUCGGAGGGCUGUCCCACUUCGGUACGCUCGUCGUGACCGAGAUGAAUCGGCUCGGCAUGAUCGUGGACCUGUCGCACGUAUCCGUACCGACGAUGCUGGAUGCGCUGGCCACCUCGAAAGCUCCAGUCAUCUUCUCGCACUCUUCCGCCCAUGCCAUUUGCAACAGCUCGCGCAACGUUCCGGACCAUGUGCUGAAGCGAAUCGCCGUCAACGGUGGUCUGGUCAUGGUUGCAUUCUAUCCCCAUUUUGUGAGCUGUGGCGAAAAAGCAACACUCAAGGAUGUUGUCGCUCAUAUUAAUCACAUCAGAGACGUGGCAGGAGUGGACCAUGUCGGCAUUGGUGCCGGGUAUGACGGGGUGAAUUUAGUACCGCAAGGUUUAGAGGAUGUCUCCAGGUAUCCCUACCUGUUCGCAGAACUGCUAGAAUCAGAACGGUGGACCGAGGAGGACAUAGCGAAGCUAGCCGGUAGAAAUCUUAUACGAGUUUUCCGCCAAGUGGAACAGGUGCGGGAUCAGCUCGAAGCACAGGGUAUGCUUCCCAUCGACCAAUCGAUACCACCGGAAGAUAUUCUCGGUCGCUCGUACUGCCGCUACUCGGGGCCGCGUACGUGAUGAAGUGCCACCGCCAGUUCCGACGACAACCACACCCUCACUCUUCCACACACCAUCGAACCAAUCCACCAGAACCGUCGGGCGCUCGCGAAUGCCGAACACUGGACCAUUACUACUACCGCUGCUGCUACAGACGGCUGACGGCUGAUGUUGCGUUUGCACGCCUAAAGGUAUGCAGCUCGAGCGCACCAAACCGAUGGCGACUAGGACGAACCAGCGUGUAGCCGGUUCGCCAUUUUAUUGCAUAUCGCUCACUAACUCACUAGUAACUCUUGUAGUAAGCCAGACACACACGGGCGUCACGUAACGCGGAGGGCCAACGGAUAUUCCCGGCGACCGGUUUAUUUAUCUUUCGAAAGCGUAUUUUUAUUUCUCUCUCCUCCGACAGCACCAAUGGGACCACCCUUCCCAGCUGGUCCAGGCGCAGUUCGCGAUUGCUAGUGGAGAUGAAACGAAUUGAACGAACGUACGCUGUGUGACACGGUAGUUUGUCCUAAGAAUUUUAGACCUCCCCCAGGAGCGAUAGUCUGUGCCCACCGUGCGGUUGCGUUCUUCCAGUGAGCCGGUAUUGUACAGAGAACCUUGAGCACGGGUAUCGUUCAGCGGUAUCGUUUACUUCGAUUUUCGAGAUUUGAUGACGGAGUAUGUUGCCGUUUGAUGUGGUAGCUUCAUUUCGGUAAGGUAGACUGUAAACUAAUGGUAGCACAAACCCCUGUACAUACACUAUCAUCUAGCCAUGAUACACACUACAACGGAACGAAACGGUUUAAUGCGAAUUUGGGGGGGUGGGACGGAGACGCGAUGGGCACAGUGCCGAGUGAAGAGUUGUUUUAAAGUUCUCAAACUUUACAAGAAUAACUUAGGUACGGUUUUUGUCUUCCUGAGUUCAUUUUCUUUUCUUCUCUUCCCAACGUGAAUCAAUCAAUCAGCUGCUCAGCGAAUGGAACUGCAAUCGAUCACUUUCCCCCACUGUCUUGCACCUGGCACACACUCACUCACACAAACACACGAAAAAAACACUUCUUUUCUUUGUUCGUUUCUCCACUGCACAACACUAUGGAGAACCAAAAACUCGUCAAAUCGAAAUGUGAUAUAUUUAUAUUGAAGCCCAGCUUAACAACAACAAUAUGUGCAACAAUCAACACGAAUGCUUUUUUUUUGUUUAAGUUGAUUAACAUUACUUCAUAACGAGAACCUCCCCGAUCAUUAUCAUAAUAUUAACACAAGUCCUGUGAGAUUCUACAGCAUUUGUGAAGUGCAAACGUUAAUCCCUUUACAAACCAGCGCGCCAUUUUUCCGCUGUUUUCCCAUCUGAAUGCAUUUCAGUUCUGUUUCUGUUGUUCAAUUACACACACACAUGGACCCCACCAGUUCACCAAGGUCUGGCUGUAAAUUGCAUGGCGCUCAUGUAAAACCCCACACCCAAACCCAAUCUGUACAUAUGCGUAGUAGUGUAAUGGAUGCCUCAAUUCGGGUCACAUUCUCCUUCUACUUCCCACCCCUUUUCCAAAAUCCCGGGGGUAAAUUAAUUCCUUUUUAUCACCCGUGUACUACUCACACACACACUCGGAUGGUUCACCUGACCGUGGUGUGUGUGUGGAAGCACCAUUUCCAUCCAUCAUCUUUAACUAUCAACCAUCAACCAGCGACCAAGCAGACUGGGUGGAAUUCAUAAAAAACGGGGGUUUUAUAAUAAAACAUAAACACAUUAAAUCACCUGUACGCUUUCACCCUUACAUGUGUGCAAAACAAUACCAAAAAAAAAUAGAGUGAAAACCCUCCCAAUGCCGUUUGUUUGCCCCAUCUCGCUUCGUGCAGUACCAAUGGACAGCUGAUUGAUUUAUCACGCCACAAUGAUUAAAACAGAUUUAUGCCUCACAAGAAUGGGUCAAAGAUCGUGGUGCGUGUUGUUUUUACUUCUUAUUUUUUCGUGUUUUCCUCCCUGCAUUCGACACACACGCAUCACCCCACGCAUUUACAUUGCAAAUGGGGCGGAUCAUAAAACUGUACUGUAUUUAUGAAGCGAAUCAGAGUCGGUUGCGGUUGUUGCGGUAAUGCAUAAAACAUCGCUUUUAAUUCAAUUUGUUCACAUUUUAUUGAUUUUAAAAUUUAACAACGAUGUUCAUCAGACAGCAGUUCGAACGCUGGCGGGACAAUUGGAGAUCGCAAUUGAUUGUGGGCUGCGUUUGACGCAGGCAAAAUAUUUAGAACAGAUCAAACAAAAUGAACAAUGCUAAUAGCGACUAUGCGGAUAGUUUGUAAUGUAGCAUACUUUGAACAAAUUCUAGAUGAUCGCCAUGCCACACACACGUUCGUAUGUGUGUGUAAACGGACAGAAAAAAAAACACACACACACCCAAAAAAGCGUUGUAUUAUAUGUAGUGUAUUGUUAAAUAACAAUAAUACGGACGAAUGAAUUUAAUUACUAGAACGGAAAACACAAACAAAACUAACUCUCCUGCAACUAGGCUCUUAGCUCGUACCACAAUCAGUAAAUCAUAGUGAACGAUAAGACAGCUGGCCGAUAAUCGGUUGGAAUAAAAGGGAAACAAAACACACACAUACAGAGAGACUCACCAUUGCCACGUUUCGUUUUCCGUCAUAUCCGACCACAUCACUCAUUUCCACCACUGAUUUCCACUGAAUGCCAAAUGAACAAGUUCGUUUUGUAGUAAUUAUGCUAAGCGAAGGAAAAUAUUACAAACGAGAGAGAGACCAAAGUAAAAUGUUUUGUGUAGAGCGAGAGAGUGUACAAAGCAAAUUAAGACAGGAAAAGCUAGGAAAACUAUGAAGUAUAGAAAAAUACCAAAGCUAACAACCUUCUUGAUGAUUGGGAAACGAGUGGAAAACUAAUGAAUCGCGACAGCUAGGAAAGAAAAUAUAAAAGGAAAGUUAAUGAAAGCAAACAAGAGUACACACAAACAAAACAACUGUUGGUUGGGUUGCAGGAAUGAACGGAAAAACAAGAAGCUAUAAAUAAAUUGUUUAAUAAACAUUUAAAAGUCACAUCAA